UCCCUCGGCUGUUUGUUUGCCUGCGGUCGAUUACUGGAUGGCAAGGUCUGUUAGCUCACUUAUUGCAAAAAGGUAUUUGGAUGCAAAUGAAAAUUGCGAUAAAAAAUGAAUUAACAGGUUAGGCCUACAGGGUCUCUUCCGAAAUUCAUAAGGGUAGGAGUUAACUGUAGCCUACCGCGAGCAGAGGACUUUUAUUUAUUUAGUUUUUACGCACGCGUUCUGUCCGAUGUGGUGGUCUCGCACGAGCGUUAUGUGAUGACUGUCAUUCAAAAAAACUAACUAGAUUUGAUCUCUCGAAUGUUUGAUAUUGACGUUCAAUAGAGUUCUUUGUAUUGGAGGGUACAAUUGUUUUCAAUAACUGAGCCACAGGUACUUGAGCGACAGUGCGUGCAGUUCAACAUUUAGUGGAUAUUGAUUUGUUGAUUAUUUGGAUUAGAUCACCUUUGAUGCAAAUGUAAAGGCAAUAAGAAUGAUAGACUUGCCGUAAGUGGGAAACCGAUUCAAUACAAAUCAUUGCUGCAGGACAUUUCAGAUUUGAAGUGCUGAAACCUGCGAUCCAGAAAGAAUGGGACAUUUAUGGAUUUGCCUGCUCAUUUGUGAAAUAAUCCUGUUGUCGGACUGUGCACGGGGCCCUCCCCACGUGGCAGAGAAGAUCGCCCACCGGCAGACGGUGCGGAUCGGGCGCACCAUGAAGCUGCAGUGCCCCGUGGAGGGGGACCCUCCACCCCUCAUCAUGUGGGCAAAGGACGGCCGCAACAUCCACAGUGGCUGGAUGCGCUUCCGGGUGCUGCGGCAGGCACUGCGCAUCAAAGAGGUGGAGGCCGAAGACGCAGGCACCUUCAUCUGCAAGGCCACCAAUGGCUUUGGCAGCGUCAACAUCAACUACACCCUCAUCGUUGUCGAGGACGCCAGCACUGGGAGGGACGGAGCAGGAACAGCGGGAGACCCAGAAUACCCCACUGACCUCUCAGGGAAACUGGUCCGACCACGCUUCACACAGCCAGCCAAGAUGAGGAAGCGCGUGAUCGCCCGGCCGGUGGGCAGCUCAGUACGGCUGAAGUGCACGGCCAGCGGGAACCCUCGUCCGGACAUCGUGUGGCUGAAGGACAACAAGCCGCUGACCCCUGAGGAGGUGGGCGAGGGCCGUAAGAAGAAGUGGACCCUGAGUCUGAAGAAUCUGACCCCUGAGAACAGCGGGAAGUACACCUGCCAUGUCUCCAACCGGGCUGGAGAGAUCAACGCCACAUACAAAGUGGAAGUCAUCCAGCGGACAAAUUCCAAGCCUAUCCUGACCGGCACCCAUCCGGUGAACACCACGGUGGACUACGGCGGUACCACCUCAUUCCAGUGUAAGGUCCGCAGUGACGUCAAGCCGGUGAUUCAGUGGCUGAAGAGGGUGGAGCCGGGGGACGAGAACAAGUACAACUCUACCAUCGAGGUGGGCGACCAUGGCUUCGUGGUGCUGCCCACGGGAGAGGUAUGGUCCAGGCCAGACGGCUCCUACCUCAACAAGCUGCUCAUCACCCGGGCCAAGGAGGAGGACGCUGGGAUGUACAUCUGUCUGGGUGCCAACACCAUGGGUUACAGCUUCCGCAGUGCUUACCUCACUGUCCUGCCAGACCCAAAGCCUCACCACACUCCCAUCCCCACAGCUACCUCCCCCAGCCUGCCCUGGCCUGUGAUCAUCGGCCUCCCAGCCGGGUUGGUGUUCAUCCUGGGUACUGUCCUGCUGUGGUUCUGUCAGUCCAAACGCCACUGCUCCUCUGGAGGUGUGGUCACCACCCAGGCCCUGACCGCCUCACAGCGCCCGCCCCCCCGGGUACCAACCUGCCCACCCAGCGGGGACAAAGACUGCCUGAGCUACUACAUGACCCAGCAGCAGCAGCUCCUCCUGGCCCAGGGAGGCAGCGGUCUGGCGGUCCCUAAAGUCUACCCAAAGAUCUACACAGACAUCCACACACACACCCACUCACACAUGGAUGGGAAAGUGCACCAACACCAGCAUAUCCACUACCAAUGUUAGCUGCCACUGUCCCGACAGGCCCUCAUGUCUGCAGUGUUGGGUCAGCUCCCACCACCUCCCCUCCACAUGCCCAGUCCUGCUUUCCUCCUAAAGACCCAGCCAAACAGUCUGAACUGGGAUGCUGCACACAAACCCUCUUACUGCUAAAUAAUGUACUGUAGUGAAGGCCCUGGGGAACAUGGACAUAGUCAGGACAGAUAGCACCCUCCAUGAGGUACAGAAUAAGGGACAUGGAAAUGCGGUUCAGGAAUCCCACAUGAACUAAUGUGAGUCCAAAUGGAGCAAUGUUUCACACAGAACCCCACUCUGCAGAGAGAUGGCAACAUUUGUUUCUCUAGUCUGGUUCAAUCUGCACAAACUCACAGUGACUGAAAUUAGUGAAUGUAUAGAGUUAGCUCUGUCUCAUUUGAGAGUCUUUACUCUGUAGGAAAAUAACAGCAUUUCCUGCAACACCUCUCUGGCCUUCAUGUGCAGUGACUGUGGAAGGGUCUAAGAGGAUUAUGUAUAUUAGCUCCACAUUUUUGUCAGAUGCACAGCCUCAGCAAGCACCAAAAGGAAUACGGUGCAAUGUAAAAUGUUCACAGAUUUUAUGGAUUGCCGUUGGAUUGAAUCAGAAUCCAAAUGUGCCUUCACAUCCUGAGAAGGUCAGAAGCAGGUCAACCAACAGAGACACAGCCAAUUGAGUCAACAAAGAUUGCAUGUAUUUUGUUUCUCAAAAAGGUUUUGUUCAAGGAAAAGGACCUGCAAAGCAUUACAGUCUUUUGUCUGUUGUAUGUGUACGUGAAUGGAAAAUUAUUUAUGGGUAAUAGGAAAUGGUAUGAAAUCCUGUAAAGAACGUUAGAAUUCCUAAGGCCGAUCAUAUUGUCACUAUCCUAAAAAAGAUCCUAGAUACUGAAAUAUUCAGAAUUACAGCAACACAUACAAUACUGUGUUCUUCCCGUUAUUACUUGGGUUUUACAGGUCACUGACAUGUGGGCGUCAUGGUCAGUGGUACUGUUGGGCUGAUCCAAACCGCAGGGGCACCCAAUCACAAAAGGACUUGUUCAACUUUUGAAUUCUCAGGUGGCCAUCUUUCUUUUUGUCUCUUGUUCUUUGGGUGUGUAUAGGGUAUAACUCUGACCACUAAAUGAAACUGUGGAAUAUGUCUUUGACUGCUCAUGUAAUGGAACCCUUUUCAAGCUUUGAGAAGAGAAACGGAAAGCUUCCCAAAAACCAAAAUAGAGUAUGAUUGCAGCAUUGUCUGUGAAAAGUGUCCUCAAACUGAUUGUUCAGUUCUGUGUUUUACCCCAGUAUUUGUUGUGUCAAAGCUAAUGGACUGCCAGAUUAAGAAUUCAUGCACUUAUUCCAAGUAUGUUGAUCAAAGUAGUGUUAAAGUUAAUCUAUUACUUUCAGCCUUUUGGGGGGAAUCUAGAAUCAUGGAAUAUCCCCUGUUGAAUUGACCUACAAAUUGAAAUCCUAAAUAAUUGUCUAGACUCAAAAAUAUAUAUAAAUAUUUAUACACAGUGCAUUCUGAAAGUAUUCAGACCCCUUGACUUUUUCCACAAUUUGUUACAUUACAGCAUUUGUCUAAAAAUUGAUUCGUUUUUUCCCCUCAAUCUACGCACAAUACCCCAUAAUGACAUAGCAAAAACAGGUUUUAAACAUUAUUGCACAUGUAUACUUUAUCAUUUUUUAUAUCACAUUUACAUAAGUAUUCAGACUCUUUACUUUGUUGAAGCACCUUUGGCAGUGAUUACAGCCUUGAAUGUUCUUAGGUGUGACGCUACAAGCUUGGCACACCUGUAUUUGGGGAGUUUCUCCCAUUCUUCUCUGCAGAUCCUCUCAAACUCUGUCAGGUUUAAUGGGGAGCGUUGCUGCACAGCUAUUUUCAGGUCUCUCCAGAGAUGUUCAAACGGGUUCAAGUCUGGGCUCUGGCUGGCUGUGUGCUUAGGUUUGUUGCCCUGUUGGAAGCGGAACCUUCGCCCAAGGAUCUCUCUGUACUUUGCUCAGUUCAUCUUUCCCUCGAUCCUGACUAGUCUUCCAGUCCCUGCCGCUGAAAAACAUCCCCACAGCAUGGUGCUGCCACCACCAUGCUUCACAGUAGGGAUGGUGCCAGGUCCUCCAAACGUGACACUUGGGAUUCAGGCUAAAGAGUUCAAUCUUGGUUUCAUCAGACCAGAGAAUCUUGUUUCUCAUGGUCUGAGAGUCCUUUAAGUGCCUGUUGGCAAACUCCAAGCGGGCUGUCAUGUGCCUUUUACUGAGGAGUGGUUUCUGUCUGGCCAUUACCAUAAAGGCCUGAUUGGUGGAAUGCUGCAGAGAUGGUUGUCUUUCUGGAAGGUUAUCCCAUCUCCACAGAGGAACUCUGGAGCUCUGUCAGAGUGACCAUCAGGUUCUUGGUCACCUCCCUGACCAAGGCCCUUCUCCCCUGUUUGCUCAGUUUUGCCAGGCGGCCAUCUCUAGGAAUAAUCUUGGUGGUUCCAAACUUCUUCCAUUUAAAAAUGAUGGAGGCCACUGUGUUCUUGGGGACCUUCAAUGAUGCAGACAUUUUUUGGUACCCUUCCCCAGAUCUGUGCCUUGACACAAUCCUGUCUCAGAGCUCUACGGAGAAUUUAUUCGACCUCAUGGCUUGGUUUUUGCUCUGACAUAUACUGUCAAUUGUGGGACAUUUAUAUAGACAGGUGUGUGCCUUUCCAAAUCAUGUCCAAUCAAUUGAAUUUACCACAGGUGGACUCCGAUCAAGUUGUAGAAACAUCUCAAGGAUGGUCAAUGGAAAACGGAUGCACCUUAGCUCAAUUUAGAGUCUCAUAUCAAAGGAUCUGAACACUUAUGUAAAUAAGGUAUUUCUGUGUUUUGUUUUUAAUAAAUUUGCUAAAAUUUCUAGAAACCUGUUUUCACUUUGUCAUUAUGGGUUAUUGUGUGUAGAUUGAUGAGGGAAAAAAUGUAUUUAAUCCAUUUUAGAAUAAGGCUGUAACAUAACAAAAUGUGGAAAAGGUCAAGGGGUUUGAAUACCUUCCGAAUGCAUAUACACAGUUCUGUGAAAAAGUCCCCCCCCCCCCUCUCUAAUAUUCUCUACUUUUGCAUAUUUUUGAUACUGAAUGUUAUCAGAUCUUCAACCAAAUCCUCAUGUUAGAUAAAGGAAACCUGAGUGAACAAAUAACACAACAAUGACUUAGUUAUUUCAUAAACAAAGUUAUGCAACACCCAAUGCCCCUGUGUGAAAAAGUAAUUGCCCCCUUACACUCAAUAACUGGUUGUACCACCUUUAGCUGCAAUGACCACAACCAAACACUUCCUGUAGUUGUUGAUCAGUCUCUCACGUCACUGUGGAGGAAUUCUGUCCCACUCUUCCAUGCAGAACUGCUUUAACUCAGCGACAUUUCUGGGUUUUCAGGCAUGAACUGCUCGUUUCAAGUCCUGCGACAACAUCUCAAUUGGGAUUAGGUCUGGACUUUGACUAGGCCAUUUCAAAACUUUUUGGACAUUUUCAUGUAGACUUGAUUGUGUGUUUUGGAUCAUUGUCUUGCUGCAUGACCCAGCUGUGCUUCAGCUCACAGACGAAUGGCCUGACAUUCACCUUUAGAAUUCUCUGAUACAGAGCAGAAUUGACUGUUCCUUAUAUUAAGGUACUUGCCUUACCGUCAAUCCAGGCCCUGUGGCAACAAAGCAUCCCAAACUAUCACGCUACCACCACCAUGCUUGGCUGUUGGUAUAAGGUUCUUACUGUGGAAUGCAGUGUUUGGUUUUCGCCAGGCAUAAUGGGACCCAGGUCAUUCACGAAAUUAUACUUUUGACUCAUCUGUCCAUAGAACAUUCUUCCAAGAGUCUUGAUGAUCAUCCAGGGGCUUUUUGGCAAACUUGAAUCAACCUUUUGGACGAGAUGGGUGUCAUUAUAUCCGGCGGAAACCUACCACAAUCAAGUGUACAUGAAAAUGGUUUAAAAGCAACAAAUUUGAAGUUUUUGAAUAGCCUAGUCAAAGUCCAGACAAAUUCCAAUUGAGAUGUCUCAGGACUUGAAACGAGCAGUUCAUGCUUGAAAAACCGUCUAUGUUGCUGAGUUAAACCAGUUCUGCAUGGAAGAGUGGGACAGAAUUCCUCCACAGCAAUAUGAGAGAUUGAUCAACAACUACAGGAAGCAUUUGGUGGCAGUCAUUGCAGGUAAAGGUCGCACAACCAGUUAUUAAGUGUAAGGGGGCAAUUCAUUUUUCACACAGGUGAAUUUGGGGAGGCAGGUAGCCUGCUGGUUAGAGCGUUGGGCCAGUAACCUGAAAGGUUGCUGGAUCGAAACCCUGAGCUGACAAGGUAAAAAUCUGUCGUUCUGCCCCUGCACAAGGCAGUUAGCCCACUGUUCCCCAGUAGGCUGUCAUUGUAAAUAAGAAAUUGUUCUUAACUGACUUAUGUAGUUAAAUAAAAAAAUAAAAAAUUUAGUGUUGCAAUACUUUGUUAAAUAGAUCAAAUAAGUGUCCAUUUUUUUGGUAUUUGUAAACUCAGGUUCCCUAUUAGGUUUUGAAAUCUGAUUCAGUAUUGAAAAUAUGCAAAAAUAGAGAAAAUCAGAAAGGGGGCAAAUACUUUUUAUUUUUAUAUAUAUAUUUAUAUAUAUAUAUACACACACACACACAGUAUAUCAAAAGUCAAAAGUUUGGACACACCUACUCAUUCAAGGGUUUUUCUUCAUGUUUACUAUUUUCUACAUUUUAAAAUAAUUGUGAAGACAUCAAAACUAUAAAUAACACAUAUGGAAUCAUCUAGUAACCAAUAGAGUGUUAAACAAGUCAAAAUAUGUUUUAGAUUUUAGAUUCUUCAAAGUAGCCACCCUUUGCCUUGAUGACAGCUUUGCACACUCCUGGCAGUCUCAACCAGCUUCCCCUGGAAUGCUUUUCCAACACUCUUGAAGGAGUUCCCACAUAUGCUAAGAACUUGUUGGCUGCUUUUCCUUCACUCUGCAGUCCAACUCAUCCCAAACCAUCUCAAUUGAUUUGAGGUCAGGUGACUGUGGAAACCAGGUCAUCUGAUGCAGCACUCCAUCACUCUCCUUCUUGGUCAAUUAGCCCUUACACAGCCUGGAGGUGUGUUGGGUCAUUGUCCUGUUGAAAAACAAAUGAUAGUCGCACUAAGCACAAACCAGAUGGGAUGGUGUAUCGCUGCAGAAUGCUGCUGUGGUAGCCAUGCUGGUCAAGUUGCCUUGAAUUCUAAAUUAAUCACCAACAGUGUCACCAGCAAAGCAACAUCACACCACCUCCUCCAUGCUUCACGGUGGGAACCACACAUGCCGAGAUCAUCCGUUCACCUACUCUGCGUCUCACAAAGACACGGCUGUUAGAACCAAAAUCUCAUAUUUGGACUCAUCAGACCAAAGGACAUAUUUCCACUCGUCUAAUAUCCAUUUACCCCUUUUUUCUACCCAAUUUUGUGGUAUCCAAUUGGUAUUUACAGUCUUGUCUCAUCGCUGCAACUCCCAUACGGACUCCGGUGAGGCGACGGUCAAGAGCCAUGCGUCCUCCGAAACACAACCCAACCAAGCCACACUGCUUCUUGACACAAUGCCCACUUAACCCGGAAGCCAGCCGCACCAAUGUGUCUGAGGAAACACCGUACACCUGGCGACCGUGUCAGAGUGCACUGUGCCCGGCCCGCCACAGGAGUUGCUAGUGCGCGAUGGGACCAGGACAUCCCUGCCAGCCAAACCCUUCCCUAACCCGGACGACGCUGGGCCAAUUGUGCGCCUCCCCAUGAGUCUCCCGGUCGCGGCAAGCUGCAAAAGAACCUGGACUCGAACCCAGAAUCUCUAGUGGCACAGCUAGCACUGCGAUGCAGUGCCUUAGACCACUGUGCCACACGGGAGGCCCCUUUGCUCAUAUUUCUUGGCCCAAGCAAGUCUCUUCUUCGUAUUGGUGUCCUUUAGCAGUGGUUUCUUUGCAGCAAUUUGACCAUGAAGGCCUGACUCACACAGUCUCCUCUGAACAGUUGAUGUUGAGAUGUGUCUGUUACUUGAACUCUGUGAAGCACUCUGGGUCUUCUUUUCCUGUGGCGGUCCUCAUGAGUGCCAGUUUCAUCAUAGCGUUUGAUGGUUUUUGCAGCUGCACUUGAAGAAACUUUAAAAGUUCUUGAAAUGUUCCAUAUUGACUGACCUUCAUGUGUUAAAGUAAUGAUGGACUGUCAUGUCUCUUUGCUUAUUUGAGCUGUUCUUGCUGUAAUAUGGACUUGGUCUUUUACCAAAUAGGGCUAUCUUCUGUAUACCAACAAUACUUGUCACAACACAACUGAUUGGCUCAAAAGCAGAAAUGUACUUUUAACAAGGCACACCUGUUAGUUGAAAUGCAUUCCAGGUGACUACCUCAUGAAGCUGGUUGAGAGAAUGCCAAGAGUGUGCAAAGCUGUCAUCAUUUAACGGGUUGCUUCUUUGAAGAAUUUCAAUAAUAAAAUAUAUUUAGAUUUGUUGAAAAAAAUGUUGGUUACUACAUGAUUCCAUAUGUGUUAUUUAAUAGUUUUGAUGUCUUCACUAUUAUUCUACAAUGUAGAAAAUAGUACAAAUAAAUAACCCUUGAAUGAGUAGGUGUGUUCAAACUUUUGACUGGUACUGUAUAUCAAUGUCUACUUUAAUUUAAUUUCAUAAACAAUAAUUAUAUUUUUUUUCUUUGCAAUUGGGCAUUAUGUAAAACAUUUAAUUAAAUAGUACCUCAUCAGUGGAUCACAUUUUGUCUUAUAGUUACAGUGUAAGCUAUGUAGCAAACAUGUGUCAAGUGUAAAAUAUUUAUAUGUGCCAUUCAGAUAUUCAAAACAUUAUUGGUAAAGUUUCUAUAGGCAAUCUUGUACAGUCUAUUGUCUUUUAGAUUCAAUAUGAUUUUUGUCACAUGGAAACAUUUUAAUCAUUUUAUCAACGUCAUUAAAAUGGUAGUUAAUCUUU